CGGUUUGUGAAGGAAGGAGCAAGGUGGUGAUGCGUCUUCUGUCUAAGAAGAAGUUUCACGUAAAUGACAAGGAUGAAAGGAAUCGAACUGCACUCCAUUUCGCCUGCUUUUAUGGCCAUCUGCAUCUGGUUAAUUUCCUUUUACAUAAUAAAUGCAACGUAAAUGCACUUGAUGAUCAAAAGUGCACACCACUAAUGAAGGCUGUACAAAGCUGGGAGACAAAGAUUGUUUCUGUUCUCCUUGAUAAUGAAGCAGAUCCCAAUAUUAAAGAUUCUAAGGGAGAAACAGCAUUACAUCAGGCAGUGUAUGUAAACAGGCCAGAGAUUGCCACUAUUGCCACCAGUCUUCUUGAAUUUGGGGGAAACAUUGAGGAAACUACAAAGGAUGGAUUUACACCUCUGCUGCUAGCACUCAGAGAAAGGAAACUUCUCAUGGCUAAACAUUUAAUAAAUCAUGGUGCAAACAUUUACGCACGUGAUGACUUUAAAAGAACAACGCUCAUGUAUGCAGUUAAAUGGGAUUCUGAGGAUAUUGUUGAGCUGUUACUGAAGAAAGGUUUGGACCACUCCACAAAGGAUGCAUUUGGGUGGAGUUCACUGCAGUAUGCCGUGGCAGGAAAACGCCAAGUUAUUAAAAUAAUAACUUUAUUACCACCAUGUCUGUACAUGGAAGAGAGAGUAUAAUUUUGGAGUAU